GAAAUAUUUCAAAAAAAAAAAAAAAAAAUACUGCAGGUGGUAAUUACUGAAUCACUGAAAUCACAAAGACGCAAUUUGGGGGGUUGCGUCAGAGUUUGUUUGAUUUGAAGCCUUUGCGCGUCGACGUGUUUGAUGAGACUGUUGGAGGGGGCUGAAGAACGAAGGAGAGAGAGAGAGAGAAGGCGUAACACUAUCUAACUAAUAGACAGGGACGUUCCCAAUCUCUGACCCCACACACACACGCACACACCAAACAACACAAAAUAGCGUCAGGACGUUGUUCGCUUGCGGUUCGCAAUGUGAGCGUGCAAGAACAAAAGUGGUGGGGAGGAGAGAAAAGUUUAAAAUGGAGUUUGUUUGGUUUGGUAUUUCGGACGGUUUCGUGAUUGAGAGAGAAGGCCGAGAGAGAGAACCAACGAAUAAAGAAAGCAAAACAAGCGGAGCGGGGGAGGAGGAGAGGGAGAUGAUAUUAGUUUUGUCAAGGCGGGUUUUGGCAAAGAGCGAGCGUAGCAGUUGCAUAAACCGCCUUGAACAGAUUCGACGACAGAGGAACGGGAUUGAUGAUGAUGGUGGUGGUGGUGGUGGUGGUGGUGGUGAAGAGAGAGAGAGAAAGGAAGGGGUUGACGGAAUGGAUGGAAGAGGGAAGGCUGAUCUCGGUACAUUCCGGGAGAAUGUCAAUAAGGUUACAGCAUGGAGUGACCUCGCGCAGCUGUAUAUACUACUGCUAGACGCUAUUCUUGGACUCUUCUCUAUCUUAAAGAUAAGGAGAGAUCUUCCCGGGUCUUGGUUAGGGUUUGAAUCAUCGAGUUUGGGUCGCUCAAGGGCAAGCUCUAUGACGAAGGACAGGAGCCAAGCUAUUUACAUAUCCUUCUUCACCCUUUCCAAGUGUAACUGUAACAGCACAAGCUCCUUGCUAUCAACGAUAGACCCAAAGACCGGGACCAAGGGCGCGGGUGCAACUGGCCAUGCGGGAGCCGCCUAAGCGUUCGAAAUGAACCUUUGGGUUGACUUGGGAUGACUGCCGUCAUCGAUCAUCACGUGCGGAUACGUGUCACAGGAGUAAAGUACUCAACAUGAUCGCGAACCCAUUUGAGUU